AUGAAUUCAAAGAACCUUUCCAAGAUAAUUAUCCAUUCCUCUGCCACUGAUAAGUCAGUGGUCCCCUCGAAUGUAGGUGGAUUCUGGUUGCCAAACCUUUCUGAGAUAGGUUUCGCUUGGGCAACUCUUGGUGCUUCUACUGGCGGUACAGGUUGCUCAACGACAACCUGCGGGCCAGGGUUCUAUUCUUCAUUGUUUUCAGGUGGUAUUUCUUCGUUUAUUGGUGAUCCUAUUGAAAAUACGAUUGUAAAUGAAGAUCAAAUUCGAAAUGAUAUGGAUAAAGACAUCCCUAGUGGGAGUGAUAGUGACAAUUCUAAUUACAGUAAUGUUGAUCAUUUAAUCGACAUCAGGUACAUUCGGAAUUUCAUACCUGAUGACACUUUUUUAGUUAGGGAUAGUAAUAGGGAUAGUUACUCUAUAUAUUUUGAUAUUGAAAAUCAAAUUUUUGAGAUUGACAACGACCCUUCUUUUCUAAGUGAACCAGAAAAUUCUUUUUAUAGUUAUCAGAAUUCUAGUUCUCUGAAUAAUGUAUCAAAGACUGAUGAUCCUCGCUAUGAUCAUUAUGUAUAUGAUACAAAAUAUAGUUGGAAUAACCACAUUACUAGUUGCAUUGACAAUUAUCUUCGUUAUCAAAUAUGUGUUGAUAGUUACAUUUUAACUAGUAGUGACAAUUACAAUGACAGUUACAUUUGUAGUUAUAUUUGUGGCGAAAGAGGAAAUAGUAAUGAAAGCCGGAGUUCCUCUAUAAGAACUAGUACGGAUAAUAGUGAUUUAACUAUAAGAGAAAGUUCUAAUGAUUUAGACGUAACUCAAAAAUAUAGACAUUUGUGGGUUCAAUGUGAAAAUUGUUAUGGAUUAAAUUAUAAGAAAUCUUUGAAAUCAAAAAUGAAUCUUUGA